AUGCCCUUACCUCUGGCCACUCAAGAAAGUGAAGCCCUUCACCAGCUCUUGACCUCUGCAGCGUCAGACAAUCACUGGAGCCAUUCACUGUUUGCAUUGGUGCCCUCAUGGACAAAGAAGAUUUUGUUCAAACGAGAGUCUUCUGUUAACCCCUCUCAGGCUAAAGAUGUGUCCAAUAUGUCAGUUUCUUCUGGAUUUGGAAUAACCCUUCAGAAAUGUGGUGUGGUGGAUGUUGAACAUGACCCUCAAAUCGCACACAUUACACUUCUGAUUAAUAACACCAACACACUGGUCUCAACAAACGUUACAGAUCUUAUCCUCCAGGACAAUAUCACCGGUCUUCAUGUUCAAAAAACCAGUGGUAAUAAGACCACAGAUGGUAUACAGACUUAUAGCAAAGGAGUCUUGCAAGGUGGGGAAUACUUUGCAGUCACCUACUCUGCACUUCUUGAUGCAAAAGAAGUGUGGGAUGGCAGGGUCUUGAUACUGCCCGCACAGCUAACUUUCAAGAGUUCAUCACAGAAUAAAACACAUCUCGUAUCACUGACAACAUCGUUCACCAUCACUGAAGAAACAAAGACCAAGGUUUCGUACAGCCAUGCCAUCCAUGCUUCAGGGUUCUUCAUCGCUUUUUUUGUUUCACUUGUACUGACAUGUGCUGUCUUUUUCAUCGUUUACCGAACCCAAAUAUUCAAAUGGACUUUCCAUGGUAAAAACCAGGAGAUGCAGCAUGAAUUCAUCCAGAAUCACAAACUGGAGCAUUCUCAGUUUAAUUCAGGUGAUCUGUUUAGUGAAGAUAUAAUUAUGAAUGACCAAAUCAUUGAUAUUCUGUCCCUUGAAGAACCUGGGAACAUGCUUCAGGCUUUGGAAGACUUGGAGGUUGCCAGCCUGACACGGGCAGAUGCUGACCUAGAGGCCUAUCGAAUGCAGAUAUGUAAAGAAAUGAUUGCUAUAAUGAUGAAGAACAUGGUCUUAAGUCACAGCCUCUUUCCUCAUGUGGAGAAGAAGAUGAGUUCAAUUUUCAAAAAGCAGUUUCUUGCAAUGGAGAAGGAGAUCCGAGAGGAAUAUGAAAGGAAGAUGGUGGCUUUAACAGCUGAAUGUAAUCUGGAAACUAGGAAGAAAAUGGAGGCUCAGUGCCAGAAAGCAAGAGCUGCAAAUGAAGAGGCUGAGGAAUUAAUGAAGAAAAUGAAUGAAAAGCCUGCUGUGGAAUACAGAAGUCUUCUGGAUAGACUUCAUGCACUGGAGCUGGACCACCUGAAAAGGUUCCUUCUGGUAAAGCAGGAGGAAUAUUUUGCGAAGGCUUAUAGAGAGCUGGCUGUUACCCAGAGAAAGGAGCUCCAUAAUAUCUUUUUUACACAGAUAACAAAUGCUACUCUCAAGGGAGAGCUGAAGUUGGAAACAGCUAAAACAUUAGUGGAAGGUUACUCUACAAUACAGGGAGACAUUGAAGAGCUAAUGGAUUUUUUGCAAGCUAGCAAGAAAUAUCAUCUGAAUAGAAGAUUUGCUUACAGAGAGUGUCUCAUAAAUAAGAUACAGUUAAGGGAUUCUCAAGCCUCUGCCCUUAUAAAUGCAGCAGCAGCCCAGAUACCAAGUCUCAUUAGUAAGAUGGAAAGAGCAGGUCAUCUACCUGAAAGUCAUUUGGGGUUGCUGCUGGACCAAGCUGAAGCUGAAAUUAAUUCUGUUAAACAGAAAUUCGAUCAUGAUUUAAAACAAGAAAAGCAAAAGCUUCGCCAGAAACUUAUUACCAGGCGAAGGCGGGAAGUGCUGCAAAAGAAGGAGCAUUGGAAAGAGCAGCUGUCACUUGGAGACACCUUCAAAACUACUAAGGAGGUCGCUCACUACCUGGGCCACUGGAAAAAUCUUCUGAGUGAUCACACCAUUGAAUUUGAAGAACUUACUGAAAAGCUUGACAAUGAGGCCAGUGAAGAGCUGAAAGAGCUUCUAUUUAGUCUAACAGAGAAAGCCGUUGAAGAGCUUAAACGUGUUCAGUGUGGAGUAUUUGUGCACGAACUAGUAAAACUCAAUGUGCCAAAGAUGUUCCUGCUAGAAACUGUGGAGGAACAUAAAAAAGAGAUGGUUGUUAAACAUGAGCAGCUUGAAAGAGAAGAGCAUGAAAAGAGCGCAGCCACUGAAGAGCUGCUUCAGCUCACCAGGCAGAAGCUAAGCCAGGAGGUGGAAACAAGCAUUUCGGAACAAAAAAAAUUAAGGAGCUGGGAACAAUCAGUAUUCAUGCAACUUCUCAGUUUACCCCUGUCACUGUCAGAAGAGGAAUUGCUUAGAAUGAGGCAAGAAUUGCAUUGCUGCUUCUCUCAGGUGGACAGCAGCUUGGCUUGGCCCAAGAUAAGAGCGAGAACCUUGCUUCAGGCUUUCAAGGUGGAGCAGAGGGAUGCAGAGGUGCUGAAAGUCGAUCAGAAUUUAGCAGUGGCCAAUAAACAGCCGCAUUCUAAAGUGAAAAAAAAUGGAUCCAGGAAUAGAAAUAAGAUGGAUAUUAUGAAGAAGUCUUUACAGGACAAGAUUUUCAUUUAUGAAGACUCUGUGAAAGAUGAAAAUUUGAACAAGAUUAAGUGCGAGGUGCUGCUUGAGAAGGACUGUCAGCUGCAUGAUCUGGAAAACAAACUCGGAGAGUAUAUUGCUUCUUUAGCCUUUCAAAAGACUGUUAAAAAAUCCAAAAUGAUGGAGCUGUAUACUGCUAUCAUAAGUGUGCAAGCUUUGCUCUUUGAACAACUGAGCAUGUCAAAAACCCUGUCAAAAUCAGAAUGUAUUCAGAUUUUAGAAGCACACAAUCCU